AUGUCCGCAAAUCCUCCGACCUUCCAAUCCGCCCUCCUCGCUGGUGCACUCGCUGGUACAACCGUCGAUCUCUCUCUCUUCCCUCUCGACACACUCAAGACCCGUCUUCAGUCAUCGGCCGGUUUCUUUCCCUCCGGCGGUUUCAGCGGUAUUUAUCGCGGUAUAGGUUCUGCGCUUGUCGGUUCUGCUCCGGGUGCUGCGUUCUUCUUCUGCACAUACGAGGGCGUGAAGGGCUUCCUGGCUGAUAAGGAUAAUACUUCUGCGCCAGGAUGGAAGGCUCCCAUUACACAUAUGGCAGCUGCUAGCGCUGGUGAGGUGGCAGCUUGCGCCGUUCGUGUGCCAACCGAGGUUGUUAAGCAGCGUGCGCAGGCGGGUCAUCAUGGUGGUUCUUCGGCUGCUGCUCUGCGGGCCAUUCUGUCACGGUAUUCGAGCCAUGGGUUUGUUCCAAUGUGGAGAGAGCUAUAUCGCGGUUGGGGAAUCACCGUUUUCCGCGAGGUGCCAUUUACUGUGAUUCAAUUCCCGCUAUGGGAGGCCAUGAAGUCCUGGGGACGACGUCGCCGCGGUGGUCGUGAGGUCACUGGUGCUGAGAGUGCUCUCUAUGGAAGCAUGGCUGGUGGAUUAUCUGCGGCACUGACGACGCCGCUUGAUGUACUCAAGACGAGAGUCAUGCUAUCGAAGGAGAGUGUUUCAGUAUCGGAAGUAUUUGGCCGGAUAUUGCGCGAGGAGGGCAGCAGAGCUUUCUUUGCUGGUGUAGCACCACGAGUUACAUGGAUUUCUAUUGGAGGCGCGAUUUUCCUGGGAAGCUAUCAGUGGGCUAUUAACACCAUGAACGGCGUUGUAUGA